AUGGAACAUAACGAUAUUAACCAAGUUGAAUGCACUACCAGCAUUGAUCCAGCUGUGUUGAGAGAGCUACCAGACGGAUGCAAGAUCACUUCCAUCAAAAGCCAUGGAGUCAGCUUUUGGGCCAAGACUGGUCGGAUCGAUGUUCUGCUUGGCGAUGGUACGCCUCAGUCGUUUUUCAUCAAGGUUCUCUCGAAAGAGACAGGCAUGAACAUGGCAAAAGCGGAGUUCCAUUCUAUGAGCGCGAUACAUGAAGUUCUUCCAGAAUUUGCCCCAAAUCCCAUCGCUUGGGGCACCUACGAGACCACAACAGAUACACACUUCUUCGUCUGCGAGUUCCGAGAAAUGAAGCAGGGUAUGCCUGAUCCUGACAAAUUCGCCUCUCUUCUAUCAACAAUGCAUCAGAAAAGUGUAUCGCCUCCCGACAAGUUCGGCUUUCACACCACCACUUACGCAGGAAACUUGCCUCAGUACGUGGCGUGGGAGGAUAGCUGGGAGACGUUCUUCGCCAAGUCGAUGAGACGGGCGCUUGACCUAGAGAUUGAAAUGAAAGGGAAUAGUGACGAGCUAGAUGUUCUCUCGGAAGCUCUUUUCAAGAAGGUCAUCCCAAGACUCCUGAGACCACUCGAGAGUGACGGCAGAACGGUGAAGCCUUCACUGGUCCAUGGGGACCUCUGGCAUGCGAAUGCAGGGAUCGAUGCCCAGAGCAACCAACCUCUCAUCUUUGAUGCAUGCUGCUUCUUUGCGCAUAGCGAAUAUGAGUUUGGCCAGUGGCGGCCAGCAUGUAAUAGGUUUGGAGAUGAGUAUAUCGCUGCCUACAACAAACUUGCCCAGAUUUCGGCACCCAAGGAGGAUUUUGAAGGUCGGCUAGACCUCUAUAGGCUGAGAUUUGAUACUCAUGUGUCAGCCCUUUUUGUCGAUGACGAGACACUUCGCACGCAGGUUCUUGACGUUAUGAGAGAUCUGGUUCAGAGAUAUGGAUACUAG